AACAGAGAUCCUUCCCUGUUUGAUUCUCGUUCCCUUCAUGCUUUAGUUUCGGUAACUUUUCGGCUAUUUGUUUUUUUAGUCAAAUAGCACCGAUAAACGCGUUUUCAAAUGUCAACUCUUAUUGGUCCAGAAAAGCUUGCAGAGACGCCAAGCCUCAUUUGAUAUCUCUGCCUCGUUAUCUUCUCCUCUUCUCCUCUUCUCCUUACAGUUUAAUCCGAAACUCGAAAAUUGGAAUUUUUUUUCUUUUGGUUUUGGGUUUUUUUAUUUGCCCCAAAGCUUUGUUUCACAAUUGAGCAAGCUUUCUUCCAUCCUAUUCAAUCUGCAGUUGAAUGAUCUGAGGAAUUUUCGUUUGUCUUCUCAAAAAUCGAAAUGGAUGAGCGGUGGAGAUUCAAUAGGUUCAGGUUUCGCAUGGUGGUGUUGCUGGUGAUGUGUUUGUUGAAUCAUAACUGGUUUUUGUGCCUCUCUCUUAGCACCGAGGGGUUUGCGUUGUUGAGAUUUCGGGAGGGAGUGGUGACGGAUCCCUUUGGUGCUCUGUCGAAUUGGAACGAUGAUGGACUCAAUGAUCCCUGUUCUUGGUUUGGAGUCGAGUGUUCCGAUGGAAAAGUUGUGAUUUUGAACUUGAAAGAUCUUUGUCUUGAAGGAAUAUUAGCCCCUGAACUUGGGAAUCUCAUACACAUAAAGUCUAUCAUCUUACGCAAUAAUUCGUUUUAUGGUGUCAUUCCUAAAGAGAUUGGAGAACUUAGGGAGCUGGAGGUGUUAGAUUUGGGAUUUAAUAACUUCAGUGGACGACUUCCAUUUGACAUUGGCAACAACCUAUCCCUGACAAUCCUUUUGCUCGACAACAAUGACUUUCUGGAAGACAUUUCUCCUGAAAUUCAUGAGCUUAAUAUGCUUUCUGAACUUCAGGUAGAUGAAAGCCAGCUUAUUGAUGCUGUUCAAGGAACAUCCUGCCAAAGAAAAUUACUUGCACGGAACAUUGCCAAAUCUGGAAAUGUAGCUGAAAGGAGGCUGCUACAUGAGGAUGCCUAUAGCACCAAAAAUGAAGAGAAACAACGAAGUCGAUCUUCACCAAAGUUUCAUUCACCAGCCCCAUCACCUUCCCCAGAAGCAUCUCGUUAUGUCACCUCUCCAACACUGGCAUUCUCACCUGAACCAGGACCAGCACCAGCACCAGCACCAGAUUUAUCGUCCCCUACUCCAGGAGAUCCAUACACACCAUCCUUUUCUACUCCAGUUCCUUCCCCUUCAGAAAGCCCUUCCCAAUCUCCUUCAGCAAGCAUUGCUCGGCCUCCUUCCACAAUUUCCGCCCAAGACUCAGCUAAUCACAAUAGUGUAGUUUUGGGUGCAAGCUUGGGGGCUUCAUUUUUCGUUUUAUUAAUUGUCAUUGGUGUUCUCGUCUGUCGAAACAAUAAGGUGGCUACUGUCAAACCUUGGGCCACAGGGUUGAGUGGGCAGCUACAGAAAGCAUUUGUAACAGGUGUACCAAACCUAAAGCGAUCAGAGCUAGUAACUGCUUGUGAAGAUUUCAGUAAUAUAAUUGAUUCCUCAUCAAAUGGCACUACAUACAAGGGGACAUUGUCUACUGGAGUUGAAAUAGCUGUGGUAUCUACUGCAGUGACGUCUGCCAAGGAGUGGUCGGCGCAUUUUGAAGCCCAGUUCAGGAAGAAGAUAGACACAUUAUCAAAACUGAACCACAAGAAUUUUGUGAACCUUCUUGGGUAUUGCGAGGAAGAAGAACCUUUCACAAGGAUGAUGGUUUUUGAGUAUGCUCCAAAUGGAACACUUUUUGAGCAUCUACACAUAAAAGAAGCAGAGCACUUGGACUGGGGAGCACGGUUGAGGAUCGGAAUGGGAAUGGCAUACUGCCUGGAUUACAUGCACCAACUGAACUCACCUGUAGCUCAUAAAGAUCUGAACUCGUCCAUCAUCUACUUGACUGAAGACUAUGCAGCCAAAAUCUCAGAUUUCGUAUUUUGGCAUGAAGGAGAAACAUCCAAGAUGGAAUUGGAUGCCACAGAGUUACCGGAUACACCAUCACCUGAUCUUGAGAGUAAUGUUUAUAGUUUUGGGUUAAUACUGUUAGAGAUGAUAACAGGUAGACUCCCAUACUCACCGGAAAAUGACAUGCUUGUGGAGUGGGCAUCUAUCUAUUUGAGAGGAGAUCAGCCCUACACAGACAUGGUAGAUCCAAUGCUAAAAUCUUUCGAAGAGGAUGAGCUUGAGAAACUUUGUGCAGUAAUAGCAUCUUGUAUACAUCCUGACCCAAAGCAGAGACCUACAAUGAGAGAGGUUGCUACCCAAUUAAGAGAGAUUACAGCACUGGGUCCUGAUGGAGCAAUACCAAAACUAACUCCUCUUUGGUGGGCAGAACUUGAGAUUCUUUCCACAGAGGCAUGCUAAGGGGUGGAGCUGAAGUUGCUAGUUUUGCAACUGAAAAUCAGCUCACCCCCACUUUUUUCUUAAAAUCUUUUUAGGCACACAAAAGCACCAGUGUGCGUGCAGGUAGGUACUGCUUGUAUCUAGUGUCAGGUAAUGUACUGGUUUUUGUAUAUAACACAGAUAAAGAGAGGCUAUAUGUAUUGUUUUUUUUUGCUGUGCAAGUCAGAUUUCAAAUUGUGCAAACACCAAAAGAUUUAAUUUUCAUAUCAAUAACAUCUGAGUUCCAUAUUUCGGUUC